AUGCCCCCGGCUCCCCAGCACUCUUCCUCACGCCACUACUACAGUCGCUCGUCAUCUCAAGACUAUGACGGCGGGGACCACUUCCGCUCGAGGUCGCACCAGGAUCGGAGCAGCGCACGGCCAGGCUCCUCCCGCCAGGGGACCCCCGUGCGCGACACGUUCAAGAUCCUUCCCCCUCGGCGCGAGUACAUCUUGUACUCUUGUGAGCCUUUGCAUUCACCCGAGGUGCCCGUUCCCAAACUCCUCGUCCUCGACCUGAACGGGGCGCUCGUGUAUCGCACCGAGCGGGGAGGCUCUCCACGCGUUGCAUACCCGCGCCCCUUCUUGGCCAACUUCCUCAGUUACGUGUUCGGCAAUGAUCCCGACGGGCGCGGGUAUGAGGUUCUUGUGUGGUCGUCGGCUCAGCCGCACAACGUGCGGAACAUGGUCGAGUCAACAUUCGAACCCUCGCUUUACAAAGGCAGCCGCCUACUUGACGUCUGGGCACGCGACAAGAUGGGCCUCAGCGCCAAUGCAUAUGGGCAAAAGGUCCAGACCGUCAAGGAUCUGCGCAAGGUCACAAAUGUGUAUAACAUGUACAGCGAGAAGACGACCGUGCUCCUCGACGAUAGCCCGCUGAAGGCUAUUCAUCAACCGUGGUCGCAGGUGGUCAUCCCAGAGUUCGAC